AUGUCGCGGCACCAUGCGAUUAAUCCAUCACGAUCGAACUUAACCAUUUCCCAGCAAACGCAACGUCACUUCACAUAUUCGGCACCACUGAGCAAGAAGAAAGACAAGAAUAAAAAAGGCGAGGAUGUUGAAUCGAAAGGGAAGAACGAUGAUUCACCACCAUCCGACCCUUUUGACCUGACUCAACUACACAACGGAAUCUCAGACGCAAUUGCGCGGUUAAAGGAAGAUUUGCACAAGUUGCGCUCAGGCGGGCGAUUCAACCCGGAAGUUCUCGAGAAUUUACGUGUUAGUUUGUCUAAGAAUAGUAAUGAGACGAUCAAACUGGGCGAGCUGGCGCAAGUUGUGCCUAAGGGAGGACGUUCUGUCGCGAUUAUUGUUGGCGAAGAGGAUCUCAUCAAGCCCGUCAAUUCAGCCAUCAUUGCCUCCAAUCUAUCUCUUACACCACAACCUGACCAACAUAAUGCUCUCCAACUAAACGUUCCCAUUCCACCGCCGACCAAGGAAUCCCGAGAGCAGGCCAUUAAGACUGCCAAAUUGGCCAUGGAGAAAGCGGCAAAUUCUGUCAAAAGCUCGCGAGCCGGAAUACACAAAAAGUUGCAAGACAUGCAAAAGAAAAAGGAAGCGCGACCAGAUGAUAUUCGCAAGGCCCAUGAUCAGAUGGAGAAGGUUGUCGAGAAGGCUCAGAAAGAUAUCAAGGAUGUUGUCGAAAUGGCAAGGAAGACAUUGGAGCAGGCGUAA